AUGGAGAAAACUUGGUUCCUCCAUUUAACUGCAGUGUCAUUGACACACUGUUUCUUGGCCUGCUUGGCUAUGAAUGGCUCCUACUCCACCACUGAUCAAUCUGCUCUUUUAGCUUUCAAAUCCUAUAUCACUUUCGACCAUCCUCACCACAUAUUGGCAACUAACUGGUCCUCAGCCACCUCAGUUUGUCACUGGAUUGGUGUCUUUUGCAGCAAGCGCCACUACAGAGUGGUGGCCUUGAAUCUCCCAAACAUGGGUAUUGGAGGCAUCAUUCCACCCCACAUUGGAAACCUCUCAUUUCUAUCCUACUUCAACAUCACCAGCAACAACUUCCACGGUCAUCUUCCCAGCGAGUUGGCUCAAUUGCAUCGCCUAAAUGUUGUCGACUUUGGUGUCAACAAUUUCGGUGGAGGUGUUCCAUCGUGGUUUGGAAACUUACCCAAGCUUCAAUACUUGCGUCUCGCAAACAACAGUUUCACUGGUUUAGUUCCACCUUCCAUUGGCAACAUAUCAACAUUAGAGUCUCUCAAUUUAAGGUCCAAUUUUCUAGAGGGAAGAGUUCCUGAAGAGAUCGGUCAUCUUCCGAAACUGAAGACGUUAAGCAUGGGAUUUAAUAAUUUGUUGGGGUCUAUACCGCCAACCUUCUUCAACAUCUCAUCACUUCAAUGGAUUGAUUUCACAUCUAAUAUGAUGUCUGGUAGUCUUCUGGAGGAUUUGUGUGUUAUUCGUCCUAAACUAGAAUUUCUUGCUCUUUCCGGGAAUGAGUUUGAUGGCCAAAUUCCAUGA